AUGGGUCCUAGCCCCUUCGCCAUGGGUUCUACCCCCUUCGCCAUGGGUUCUAACCCCUUCGCCAUGGGUUCUACCCCCUUCGCCAUGGGUUCUACCCCCUUCGCCAUGGGUCCUACCCCCUUCGCCAUGGGUUCUACCCCCUUCGCCAUGGGUCCUACCCCAUUCGCCAUGGGUCCUACCCCCUUCGCCAUGGGUCCUACCCCCUUCGCCAUGGGUCCUACCCCCUUCGCCAUGGGUCCUACCCCAUUCGCCAUGGGUCCUACCCCCUUCGCCAUGGGUCCUACCCCCUUCGCCAUGGGUCCUACCCCCUUCGCCAUGGGUCCUACCCCAUUCGCCAUGGGUCCUACCCCCUUCGCCAUGGGUCCUACCCCCUUCGCCAUGGGUCCUACCCCCUUCGCCAUGGGUUCUACCCCCUUCGCCAUGGGUUCUACCCCCUUCGCCAUGGGUCCUACCCCUUUCGCCAUGGGUCCUACCCCCUUCGCCAUGGGUCCUACCCCCUUCGCCAUGGGUCCUACCCCUUUCGCCAUGGGUCCUACCCCCUUCGCCAUGGGUCCUACCCCCUUCGCCAUGGGUCCUACCCCCUUCGCCAUGGGUCCUACCCCCUUCGCCAUGGGUUCUACCCCCUUCGCCAUGGGUUCUACCCCCUUCGCCAUGGGUCCUACCCCCUUCGCCAUGGGUCCUACCCCCUUCGCCAUGUUUCCUACCCCCUUCGCCAUGGGUAGUACCCCCUUCGCCAUGGGUCCUAGCCCCUUCGCCAUGGGUUCUACCCCCUUCGCCAUGGGUCCUACCCCCUUCGCCAUGGGUACUACCCCCUUCGCCAUGGGUCCUACCCCCUUCGCCAUGGGUUCUACCCCCUUCGCCAUGGGUCCUACCCCCCUUUCCCAUAGUCCUACCCCCUUCGCCAUGGGUUCUACCCCCCUUUCCCAUAGUCCUACCCCCUUCGCCAUGGGUUCUACCCCCUUCGCCAUGUUUCCUACCCAACUUUCCCAUAGUCCUACCCCCCUUCGCCAUGUUUCCUACCCCCCUUUCCCAUAG